UACCGUCCAAAUAUACGAGGAUGUUAUGUUAGUUUGGUUUUUAUUUUUGAAUAUCAAUCUCUACCCGCAAAAAUUGACACUACCUAAAACCUCAGCCUAAACUGAGCUUCUCCUCUUCUUUCCUUUGACAAAUAAAAUGACUCGGAAAACCUUCAAAACCUUGAAGAAAUUCUUCCCCACAGACCCCACUUCGAUAUCACACCAAGAAACUGCCGAGAAAAUUGCCAAAGCCCUAAUCAAAUCAGGCCUCCAACCCCUCAAAUCCACCUCCCCGUCUCUUCUCUCCAAUCUCAAUCCCCACAUAACCAACCUUGUCCUUUCAAACCCACUCUUCCCACCUCGUUCGUGCCUGAGCUUAUUCAACUUUCUCCAAACAAAUCCAUCCCACAAACCCAAUCUUCAAGCCCAUGUAACCCUCAUUCGCAGGCUUUACAAUGCUAGAAGAUUUGCCCAAAUAAAGAUUGUACUGAAUGGUAUCCUCACGGACGAUGAUCUUCGAUGCCCGGUUUCCGAAAUUGUGUCUCUGAUUGAGGAUCAGCCUGAUGGGGUGAAAAUUGUAGGGACAUUGUGUGAUUUGAUGUUCCGGGAUGCGGAUAACAAGAUGUUCGAGGAGGCAAUUGGGGUUUUUGAGUAUGUGGGCAAGAAUGGGUUGGAGAUUGAAGAAAGAUCAUGCUUUGCGCUCUUGCUUGCGUUGAAGAAACGCGGUCGGGUGGAUUUGUGCUUGAGGUUUUUCGAUCAAAUGGUUGAAAAGGGUGCUCGAAUAACGGUUUAUUCGUUGACGCUUGUGUUGAAUGAGCUUUGUAAGAUGGGAGAGGUUGAAAGGGCCAAGGCUUUGAUGGGGGAAAUGGCUGGUCGAGGGACUAAGCCUAAUGUUUUUACUUUUAACACGCUUUUGAAACCGUACAUUGAGAGGAAGGGUUUCGAGGGUGUCAAAGAGGUUUUGAGGUUGAUGGAGAAGGAUGGUGUGGGUUAUAAUGUGGCAGCAUGCACACUUUUGAUUGAUUGGUUCGGUAGUUCUGAGAAGAUCGAGGAUGCGGAGAAGAUGUUCGAGGAAAUGCGUGAGAGAGGGAUAGAACCGGAUUUGAAUGUUUAUACAUCAAUUAUUAAUUGGAAUUGUAAAGUGGGAAAUGUGAAGAGGGCGUUGUUUCUGUUCGACGAAUGUACUCAAAGGGGAUAUGUACCGAAUGUUCACACUUACGGGGCAUUGAUUAACGGAGCGUGCAAGGCAGGGCAGUUGGAGAUGGCUGACAUUUUGGUGAGUGAGAUGCAAGGUCAAGGCAUUGACGUAAACCAAGUUGUGUUUAAUACGCUGAUGGAUGGGUACUGCAGAAGAGGGAUUAUGGGUGAAGCUCUGAAGCUGCAGGAUGUCAUGGAAAAUAAAGGGUUUCAGCUUGAUGUGUUUAGUUACAGCAUUAUAGCUAGUGGGUUGUGUAAAUUGAAGAGGAAUGAGGAGGCGAAGAGUUUGUUGUUCACAAUGGCGGAAAGAGGCGUGGCUCCGAACAUAGUGUGUUUCACUACUCUGAUUGACAUUUUCUGCAAAAACUUCGUUGAAGCAAAGCGGGUAUUUCAAGACAUGGAAAUGAAGGGAGAGAGACCUAACACUGUAACAUACAAUGCUCUAAUUGAUGGGUAUAUUAAAAAAGGCAAGAUGAAGGAAGCUCAUAAGCUAAAGAAGGAGAUGGAAGACGAGGGGUUCAUGCCAGAUAUAUAUACAUAUUCAUCGCUUAUAAACAGCGAAUGCAUUGAUGGCAUGGUGGACGAGGCACUGAAAUUGUUUCACGAAAUGUCUCGGAGGGAUAUAACCCAUAAUGUUGUGACGUAUACAGCAAUGAUUUCAGGUUUGUCUAAGGAUGGGAGAACAGACGAAGCUUUCAAAUUGUAUGAUGAGAUGAAAAAUGCAGGCCUCACGCCUGACAGCAGGGUAUAUCGCUCACUUGUAGGCGGCCUUCAUAUAGUCAAGUAUUAGCUCUACGACUAAAAGUACGUUAUCUUCUUCAUUAGAAAAUGGAAAUGGAUCAAUUACUGGAAUUUGAAAGAAGGGUUUUGAGUCAAUAAACCACUUCAUAUAAGCUGGUUUCUGUCUGUUUGGUGGAUAAUUAAUAUUCGGCUCAAUUCAAUUAAGGCCCAGGUGUGCAAAAAGCUCCUUGUUUUUGGGCUGGUGAAGGCAGCAACUCAGGGUGGAUUUAAAUAUUUGUUAGGGUCAUAUUUAUUAUUUGGCAACUAAUAGGCAUCAAGCCUAUAAUGGAAGUGAUAAGGAGCAAAGGGCAGCUAACCUUCAGUGAAAAGGUACUUUUCCAUGGCAGGGGUAGGUAAAUAAUGAAAAACAAAUGGUGACUCAUCCCGUUUCAAAAGCAAUCAUCGAGAGAGAAGUGCACUAGAAAAGGAAAACUUGGACACUUGGGCUAAGAAGUCUAUAAAAGCAGCAAGGAAAGUAAGUAGAAGACUCUCAACACACUCAAUACUCUGAACUCAACAACAAAAGACCAAAUAGCUCUGUUUUUGUCUACACUCUUUCUAGUUAUAAUUCGACCAUAGAAAAGCUUUCUUUUGUUAGUUUUAGAAGCUUUGCUACAUAUUCCCUUUUGUAGACCUUUGCUGUUAUUCUAUUCAAAUAGGAGUGCCUGUUUUUGUAAAAACACAAGAACAAGUGGUCUGCGAGGAGACAAACCUUGCCCGCCAAGGUUGUAACCUUGCCUGAAUCUCCUUUAUUUGCAUUUGUGUAAAGUAGAUCUAACUUUUAUGCAUCUUAUUUAGUCCCCA